CUACUUUAGAAAACUUAGGGGGCUAAAAGUGUAAUUAAGCUAAAAAAAACAAUUAAUAAAACUUCUGUAAACGACAAAUUUGCCGGAAAACAAAAAGAUUGCCGGAAAGUUCACGUGGCUGCCGGAAACUGUGAGGAAAUCGAUCAGAUAGUAAUGAAUGUCCUGUUAUUGUAGGGAAAUCAUUGUUGCUAAUCAUGGUAUGGUCUAGUAUAAGUAGGAGAACACAUCUCUCGCCAUACCUUAGGGCUUUGCGAAAUUCCCCAGAAAUCAGGGGCUAAUCUAUUAUUCCUGAAGGACUAGGUUAUAACAUAAUUAAUCCUAGUAAAGGAUUACAGCAUAACUUCUCUUGUAAAACACGGUUGUCAAGGUUUAAGCAGGAAUCGAGUACAGCGUCAUUCCAUCAGUGUUACCGCUCUUCGGCUUUUGCUUCACACAAUGUUCGAAGUUUACAACACUUCCCAUAUCAUGCAUCCACGGAGAAAAAAUCAAAAAUGAUGCGUAUGUGCUUGACAGGCUUGGCCUUUGGAAUGGGUGUAUUGACAAUUUUUGCUUCACCUCCCCUUUACCGGACAUUUUGCCAAGCAACUAGCUAUGAUGGAACUGUUACCAGGCGUGAGCGUGUUGAAGAAAAGAUUGCAAGGCAUGAUAGCAAUCAAACAGUCACUUCAAGGGAAAUCGUGGUACAGUUCAAUGCUGAUAUAUCGGAUGGGAUGCCAUGGAAGUUUCUUCCAACGCAGAGAGAGGUUAGGGUGAAGCCCGGAGAAAGUGCCCUUGCAUUUUAUACCGUAGAAAACCAAAGUUCUACUCCAAUAACCGGUGUUUCUACAUAUAAUGUCACUCCUAUGAAGGUUGGAGUUUACUUCAAUAAAAUACAAUGCUUCUGUUUUGAGGAGCAGCGACUGCUUCCCGGAGAGAAGAUUGACAUGCCUGUAUUCUUUUAUAUUGAUCCGGAAAUCGAGGAUGAUCCUAAAAUGAAUGGUAUAAAUAACAUAAUAUUAUCAUAUACUUUCUUCAAGGACAAAGUUUCUGAAGAAUAAGACCAACUUGAACAUAUGUUAUGAGACUUAAAUAAAGGUGUUGCUUCCUUUCGAAGGAUAAAAUAGAACUCCUGAAGCUCAUCCACGAAGCUCAAGUUGCAUUGCCGGUUUUUGGUGACUGAUGAAGUAUUAAACUUCAUAUUGUAAUUUGUUUUAUGAACAAGCCCUCAAUGAAAUCUCUAAAGUAUUACUCUUUCUCCAACUUAGUCCCUAUAAUAUAUAAAAAUAAUACGUAGCCUCUAAUGCUUAUGAAACUUUUCACUCCAGUCUUGGCUGUAGGGAUGUUAGAGGCUAAAUUUAAGAGAGUGAUGCUUUCAAGACUAAAUUGACGGUUUAUUCUUUGUCGUACAUUAUUUGUCUUGCACUUUGUUUCUAAAGUAUGAAGUUAUCUCUUUCGGUUGAA